AUGGCAUUGCCAAGGUUUGUGGUCGUGAAAUCAAACCAUAACAGAAAAUUCUUACGCUGCAUGAAAGGUGAUGGAGAGGAGAAUGCGCCAGCCGGGUUUCUCAAAUUCUCCGAAGAGGAGGCCAGCAGCCAUUACGCAAAGUACGAAGUGGAGAUGGCAAAGAAUAGAGGGAAUAAAGGGCUAGUCCACAUUAGAUGUUGUUACAACAAUAAAUACUGGGUAAGCGUGACGGGAACGCAUAUGUUUGACAACCAGGUUUUGAUUGUUGCAGGGGCAGACGAACCCGAGGAAGACCAAUCAAAACCCUCAUGUACCCUCUUCGAAACCGUCUACGUGGAUCCGAUAGACAAGGACGAUGAUAAUAAUAAUAAUAAUAAUAAUAAUGGUAACAAUAAUGCCGACAAUAAUGAUGGUGAUCUUGAAGAUGAUAGUCAGGUGGUCCAAUUUCGGCAUGUCCACCUCGGACGUUAUACCACCUUACACAACAGCUCGGACGCCUUAGUACUUUAUGGAAGCUCAAACGCCGCAGCAGAUGAUCCUAACAACGUAGAGUCGCAAGAUGUGUGCACAGUCGUGAAUUGGGAAUCGCUGGUGAUAUUGCCAAAACACGUGGUGUUCAAGGGAGACGAAGGUAGCUACGUCACAGCCCAUAUGGCUGACCGCAACCAUAUGGACCACGGAGAUGACGAAGAAGAUGGGCCGUAUCUCCAUUUUGAUGGUCAUGACGUAUGUGAUCCGGCUGCGACGCAUGAGAUCUUCAGAAACCCUGACGGAACCUUACAAAUAAAAAACAGUUUCUUUGAAAGAUAUUGGAGAGUCGCCAAAGACGAGUGGAUCUGGGCGGACGCGUUUAACCCAACCGCCGGAGACAAGAACUACAAAGACACGUUGUAUCGGGCGUUUAAGCUUUCUGACAAAGUCAUAGCUCUCAUGAACGUAGGGAACAACAAGUACUGCAAGAGAUACACAUGGGGGAUUACUGGUAUGUGCGCCAACGUGUCUAAUCUCUCCAUUUAUUCACACCUCCACAUUGAAGAGCCUGUUAAGUCAAGGACCAUCUACAAUGUCAAUUACCGCCUCGCCCAUGCCAGGAUCUACAAUUACCAAAAUGACACAGAAAUCGCAGCCGGAGAAGCCGUGAACUUCACCCAAGAAACCACAAACGUACUACUCAAGUUGUUCUACAAGAAGUCGAAUAUUUGCAGUUGGAAUGAUAUCAGUAGAGUCUAUUCCAUAAAACCAAAAACCAAUGUUGAAGCCGAUGGCGUUCCGCGGAUCACGGGAGGUGACAACGGAGCGGUGAAGUUUGAGAUUUCAGGGGGUGAAUUUAAAGGAGAGGUCCAGUGGGGAGAAACCGAGACGUCCGAAACUCAAGUGGAGACUGUUUGCAUGGUUGGUGUGCCGGCAAUGAGUGUGGUGAAGGUGAGGCUGCUGGCCGCCAAGGUUUCAUGUGAUGUUCCCUUCUCCUACUCUCGUCGGGACACUGGUAUCAACGGUCAAGUGCAUGUUACUGAUGACUUGGACGAUGGUUUUUACAGUUGCAUCAACGCCUUCAACUUCAAGUACGAUAUCAAUGAAGAAAGGCUGUGA